AUGACUCACCAUUGCACCAAGUUCUCCGGCCACUGGAAGAUCAUUGUCUUCGACGAGGAGUGCUUCCAGGGCCGUCGCCAUGAGUUCACCUCCGAGUGCUGCAACGUGAUGGAGUUUGGCUUUGAGACCGUGCGCUCCCUCAGAGUGGAGAGUGGAGCCUGGGUGGGUUAUGAGCACGCCUCCUACCAGGGACAGCAGUUUGUCCUGGAGAGGGGAGAGUACCCCCAGUGUGAUGCUUUUGGCGGUAGCAAUGCCUAUCACAUUGAGAGACUGACCUCCUUCAGACCAAUUGCCUGUGCUAACCACAGAGAGUGUCGUAUGACUAUCUACGAGCGUGAGAACUUCCUGGGCCGCAAGGGUGAGCUUAGCGACGAUUACCCCUCCCUCCAGGCCAUGGGCUGGUGCAACAACGAAGUUGGCUCUCUCAGGAUCCAGUCUGGAGCAUUUGUGUGCUACCAGUACCCUGGCUAUCGUGGAUACCAGUAUAUCAUGGAGUGUGAUCGUCACUGUGGGGAGUACAAACGCUUCAGGGAGUUUGGCUCCCACUGCCAGACCCCUCAGAUCCAGUCCAUCCGACGCAUUCAGCAGUAA